AAUCUCUCUUGAAACGGCAUUGUUCCACUUCAACGAAUGACAUAUUUAUGUUUAUUGCUCUAGUGGUUGCACUCCUGUUUGUUCAAAAUGGAAACCAACAGAGGUCUUUUCUACAAAUACGAACUGCUAAAGGAGAUAUGGUGUGAGCAAUUGAGCAAAUCGACCCAACGUUUCUUGAGCGAAGAUUAUUUCAAGAACUUCUUAUUACAUCAUGGUAGCUUUUGCUUCUACAUCGUUAAGACCAACGAUGGCUCAUCACAGCUCAUGCUGGAUGAAGAACAAUAUCAAGCAGUGAAAGGAAGACUUCAACACAAGACAAGGACAGAAUUGAGAGAGAUUCCAAGUCAAAUCUUCGCGGAUGGAAAGGGUAAUGUUUUGAAGGAAAGGAAGAGUUUUUUAUCUCAAGAAGAAUUGGAGAAAGAGCUAAAAAACUUGAAGGAAAAUGAAAGGACUGUUUUCAGAAGGGCUCGCCAAAGCGCUUCAGAACUCAAGGCCAAUCUUUGUCAAAUGGUAUCCAAAAACCCAAACAUGAAAUUCAUUUCCUAUGACGUGGAAAUCUACGACCAAGACCAGAAAACCAUCUUAGAGAUUGGAUAUGUGAAAUUCACCUUAAAAGAGAGCGAUAACCCGGAGCAUCACCAUGCUAUCGUCAACGAAGAACUCCACAACCGAGAAGGCUUUGACAACAAAAAGAAAUUCAAGUUUGGGGCAACCAAGCAUGUGCCGCUGGAAGAAGCCGUUGCAUUUCUACAGAGGUAUCGCAGGCUCAGAUGCUCUGGUGACUCACUCGGGUUACCAUGGUGAUAAGUACUUGGCCGACAAUCACAUCAGCGUGGCGAAGAAAACGAUGUUCGAUACGCAGACCUUGGCUUUAGCGCUGCUGCAAUCACAAAACCCGAAUGUGAUCUGCUGGAGCUUGAAGGAAAUUCUCGAAGAGACGGGCAACAGUUACGACGAGAGUAUCAUACACAAUGCAGGCAACGAUGCUCACUACACUAUGGUGGCUUUCAAAGCUCUCGCUAAAAUAGCCAUGCCAGGACUUGCUUCUACAUGAUGUCACAGUUCAUGACGUGAAACAUGACGUCACAAACUACGUAAGAAGUUGACGUAACUAUGCCUCAUAAUCAAAUGAUGUCAAUUACGAAAGUACGAGUAUCUUUUAAUAUUUUUAUUACGUUUUUAAAAAAGGUAAUUCUGGGGAACGAUAGAUAUAUUUUUAAUUGUUUUCAAUAAUUGUAAAGGUUAUAAUAUCAAUUUAAUUGAAUUAAUUUUUUUAAUGUUUCCGUGAUGAAGUUAAGUUAAUAAUUUCAAAAAGUAAGACAGAAUCCUUAAAUAUUGCAAUUCAGAUCAAAGUACUUGUUAAACUUAAAUAAGAAGGUUAAAAUAAGAUAGAAUAAAUACA